ACAGCCUCUAAUCCGCCAGCCCCUUCUGGUCCACCUGCAGCAGCACCCGGCCCUGCAGCCCGGGGACCGCAUUGCUCUCGCCCACCUGCCCGGCCUCACCCAUGGGGAACAGCAAAAGCGGGGCCCUGUCCAAGGAGAUCCUGGAGGAGCUGCAGCUGAACACCAAGUUCACGGAGGAGGAGCUGUGCGCCUGGUACCAGUCCUUCCAGAAGGACUGCCCCAGCGGCCGCAUCACCCGGCAGCAGUUCCAGAGCAUCUAUGCCAAGUUCUUCCCUGAGGCCGACCCCAAGGCCUACGCCCAGCAUGUCUUCCGGAGCUUCGACGCCAACAGCGACGGCACCCUGGACUUCAAGGAGUAUGUCAUCGCCCUGCACAUGACCUCCUCGGGCAAGACCAACCAGAAGCUGGAGUGGGCCUUCUCCCUGUACGACGUGGACGGCAACGGAGCCAUCAGCAAGAACGAAGUGCUGGAGAUCGUCAUGGCUAUUUUCAAAAUGAUCAGUCCCGAGGACGUGAAGAGCCUUCCAGAGGAUGAAAACACCCCAGAGAAGCGAGCCGAGAAGAUCUGGGGGUUCUUUGGAAAGAAAGAUGACGACAAACUCACGGAGGAAGAGUUCAUCCAGGGGACCAUGGCCAAUAAGGAGAUUCUGCGACUGAUCCAAUUUGAGCCUCAAAAAGUGAAGGAAAAAAUAAAGGAGAAGAAACCCUGA